AUGCGGCGCCAACAACCUUACCAACCAGAGUCCCCCCUGUCCUUGAGCCAGUCUGCAGCCCGCAUGAUGACAUACCUGGCUAUGCCGCUGGUGUUUGCCCAAACGCCUGCCAAGGAUCACCUGCCGUCUGUGUCUUCUACUGGUCCUAGCGACCAUUCGAGUCCAUGGGCCAUCAAAAUGAAGAAGAAGCUCACGAAGAAAGUCCGAAAGAGGGCUAAGCGUAACUCGAAAAAGCGAGCCAUGGUGCGCAAAUACAAGAACCGUCGUGGUGAAAGCAAAGUGUGUGGGACAGCAAACCUAAGAUCCUCCCAAAUAUAUCCACUUGGGUAUGGAGAAGCACUGGUGAAGAACCACCAAAAUUGGAGUGUUAGCGCCAACAAUGUGCUGGCGUUCAAACACAAGGUGUACAGUCUGCUGGCUGGUGCAAAGCCUGCUGAGGCGCCCUACCGGUUUCGGCAUGCAGCCCUGACGGAACUGAGGGACUUUUUAGUAGCUGAGAAGAAAGCGGGCCGAUUUCACCCACUUUUUUUGGGGGGCCUCGAAUGAAAGGCCUUUCCAUGAUGCGUUGCAAUAUCA